AUGUCCCACCUUCGGAAACUGGCCGCUGCGCGCUGGCUGCUGCAAGAGUCGCCGCCAGAUCCCGGCGAGGUGUCACCCAGUGAUCCAGCCAACGCCACACGCUUCGCCAGCGCCGAGCCAUGCGCUUGGCUCUCGCCUGCUUUUCCGGCAAGCUGUCCACACUUUUCUCACCCCUACUGCUCACCCGCCGGAAGCAUCGCGCCUCGCUGUCACCAGCAGGUCUCGCAGGGGGCAAUGGCCAGCAUCAUCCCCAAACUGCCCCCACAGGCUGCAGUGCAAGCCAGUGAGCUUUGCGGGGUGAAAGGCCAGGCAAAGGCGACAAGCAAGCAACUGGCGGAGCCCCCCAAGCAUCGACGACUCGCCGCAAAUGCACGCGAAAGGAAGAGGAUGCAUGGAUUGAAUCACGCGUUUGAUGAGCUACGGAGUGUCAUUCCAGCUUUUGACAAUGACAAGAAACUUUCCAAAUACGAGACACUGCAGAUGGCGCAGAUCUAUAUAGCAGAAUUGACUGAACUUCUGCAGAAUGUGAGCCAGCAGAACCUCGGUGCUGGCAGUUCGCUAGCCGACUGCCCAAAUGUUAAAGUCGCGACCAAUAAACUCUGUCCUACGAAAUGCUGCAGUUUGCAAACCCCAGUUGGUGCGUGUUCUCCUAACAUCUCUGAUGGCUCUCCAAAGAUUCUUUCCGACAGUACUGGGGACACUGGAGCUGCAGCUCAGCGCUUGAAGUUACUCUCUCCUUGCAAAUCGACCAGAAAUGAAAGUAAAGUGACUUCUAGUCGCAGUGAUGGAGAAUCUUCUCCUCACUCUCAUUCCAGCGACUGGGAGGAGGCACAGGCAGAGAGUAUGGCCUACCAACGCUCAGAACACUUGUCAGAUCUCUCACGUGCUCCGCUGGCGCGGAAAGCCAGUUAG